GAUAAACUCUCGCUUUGUUUCCCUUUAUUCCCCAACUUUAGCAAUGGGUAACGAAACAUCCAAAGCUAAAGUGGAGGCAUUAACCGACGGCAAAUGGCAAGUGAAGCAAUGGACUCUUCUGAAUCAGCAGCUGAGCAAUUCAGGCGAUGCCAGCUCAAUCAAAUCAAACGCAAGUAGCACCCAUUCCGGUCUUUUCACCAAUAGAACUGACACCAUGAGCAGUGGGAAUAGCGUGGAAAGCGAAACUCGACAGAAGAAAAAACGGAAACCGUUUAAAUACGCUAAGGAUCUUUUAUUCAAUGGCAGUAUAUCCCCAUGGGGUCAAGACAAAGCCUUGUACCGUACGGAUCAAACGUCGUCAACCUCUUCGUUACAGCUAAGAACUUUGACCGAAGACACAUUGGAGGGCUUACGAACAAGCAAUUCCAUCACAAGUGUUACAGCAUCCUCUAUGGAUCACGUCUCGGAUGAAGAUGACUUGACCUUGGUAGCCGAAAAAGGCUGUCAUGUCGGACAUGAAAUAAUGAGCAACAUUUUUACGCUUGAAGCGUACCAGACUCUAUAUCACAGGCUAUGCUUAGUACAGGUUGAGGAUCGUUUACGCAGCGGCGCGCAAGUCUUGCACUUGGGAUGUGGUUCAGCUGAAUGGAGUCUAGCCAUGGCCAAGAUAUUUCCUGAAGUCACAUUUUAUGCAGUCGAUACUGCAGAAUAUCUUUCUACAGCCAAACUUCGCCAUAUUCCAAAAAACGUCUGUAUUCAGACUGCCCGAAAUGGACUUGACCAUCUCCCGUUCAGCGACCAAUCCUUCGACUACGUUAUGUGCCGAUUUCUGACAUUUCGGAUAUUCAACUGGCGUUCUCUGGUAGAUGAAAUGGUUCGACUUACUAAACCUGGCUGUUAUAUAGAACUCUGCGAACCUGACUAUUUGAAUAUAGCUUCCUACGGACCUGUAACUCAGUUACUAGCAAAUGCCUUGAUGAACAUGAUGCUGAAUAACAACAUAGAUCCUUACAUUGCCGACGAGCUCGAUAAUCUACUGUCGGAAACAGAAACUUUACUGUUUGUUAAUUCUCAGUCAGCGUUCAUCAGUCUGGUAAACCAGAACGUAUCGCAGCACCUGUUCUCCGUUACCGUUCAUGGCUUAGGACGGUAUAUCACCGACUGGAAACCUAAUGACACUACAGAUUUAGACUCAUUAGUGGCUCAGUACGUUCGAGAGUGCCAGGAAGCAGAAGGUCAUAUAUCCGUCCGCAGCGUCUUUGCCCAAAGAAGUCGAUUACUAUGACAAAAAGCGUUCGUGUCCCCAAUACCUACCGUCGGAGAAACGGUCUUGCUACUGCGCAGUUUCUGUCUACCAUUGAAUGUGAUUUCGUUAUCAUGUGUGACAGCAGGCUAUUUACGUUUGGCAAUGUACAUAGUCAUCCGGACACAAAUCACUUUUAUCCUCCCCUCUCUCCAUCAUUGCGUAGAAACGAUCGUCUAGCUACUGAUCGUAUAUAUGACUGAUGAAAUCAAAUGUUUACCUGUAAAAAUAAUUCGUUAUUUACUAGCACUCAUAUUGACAGCUGUAUAUUGUAAAUAUAUUCUUUCACAUUGCAAGAUGAAGACGGUCGUUUUGAAGCAGAAGGUUAAGAAGCCAUAGAAAUACCAUAACCAGGUACCC